AUGGACACCAAGCUGACUUUCACAUCCAAACUGAAGGCCGUGUUCUCACUGAAGCCAUCCCUGACCUUCACAAAAUGCAUUGGGGCAUCUUGGGAACUGGGAACCAUAUCCAUGAGAGUGUUCCCGCUCAAGUCCGCAUCCCCCACCCCGGGAGGCAUCAGCUUCUUCCACGGGGGAGGGGGGCAGCGGCGCCGGGGGGGGGGGGGGGCGCUGGCGGCUGAUUCUAGAGCCUGGGGAAGGCACUUCCCUGAGGCUUCGUACCGCAGGCUUCCUGAUCACCAUUCCCGGGUCCUUUCCCAGGACUGCCUGAAGGCCCCCAUUCGCUUCCUGAAGGCCCUGAAAACCGAGGGGGCGGAUCCUCCGGGUUUUCGUGACGACUUGUGUGUUGAAACAUCUCAUCGUCCACUCCUACUGGUGGGGUGCCGUCGAGAACAGUGCUUUCACACCCUGGAUGUCUGGAGGAAGGACAGGAGGUGCCUCAGCCCUGACAUCAUACCUGAGAGAUUCAAGAAGACGGGCUGCCAACCCCUGGAGGCUGCCUACCUAGAAAACAAAUUUUGGGUGCAGAAAAUUCACCCCUCACAAGAGACGCUGAGACUCUCGCUCGCUCAGCUUCCUGAGGCCAUCCUGGGGAGCGGUGAGAAUGACAUCCUCCACGAUGACUUGCUCUCUGAGAAGCACUUGGAGGACCAGGGAGUCCUCAUGACGUGGUUCUAUGUGGAGUAUGGCUUUCCUGGGCCUAUAACGUUAUUUGAUAAGACUUUCUCUUUCCCAUGCUCCCUGAAAAUGGUGAAUGCUGUGGUCCGUUAUAUAAAGAGCGUAUGGUGA